CACAACUCCAUACUCUGUUCCACCUUCACACACUCGCAUUCACGCAGCUAUAAAAUUUCUCCUAGUAUGUCGCGGUGACAUCCAAUUUGUUCUCGUCCUUCCUCUCGCUCAGUCCUUUUGCUCACUUGGUCAGCAGCCGCUCUGCUUGACCCAUCAUGUACACAGAUCUCUACCCCCAUCGGUAGCACAUAUCCUCCCCAGCCAUUGCUUCACAAUGGCGCCCCCGAAGAAUACCACCGCCCCGGAUUCCGGCCCUUCGACGGCCGCUCCCGUUCGAGAUCGCACUGCUGAGGCUCUUCAUGCUUGGUGCUGUCAAAAUUACACAUUCGGCCAUGUCUUUUCCCAAGCCGAAUUGUUGGACGCCGGUAUCGUCCCAAACCAAGAUCUCCAGAUCCUUCUCUCCUCCGUCGAAUAUCUUACCAAAAAUUCGCUCUUCAGAGUCCACGAUAGAGCGGGCGGUGGCAUAGGCUGGGAGUUGGUAGACCCAGAGGUAGCAAAAGACUAUGCCAACCUCAGUCGCAAUGAGAAAAUCGUCUUGCAGGUCAUCGACGGCGCAAAGUCCUCCGGCAUGUGGACAAAGCAGAUCCAGUCCAAGACCGCCCUCCACGGGAACAUCCUGGAAAAGGUCUACAGGGUCUUGGAGGGAAGAGGAUUGGUCAAGCAGAUGAAGAGCGUCAGCCAUCCAUCUCGGAAGAUGUACAUUCUCGCUGGCUUGACACCCUCCGAGGAUGCAACGGGCGGCUCUUGGUUCUCCGAAGGACGACUUGAUAUCGGACUAAUUGAUACCAUCUCCACUGUCAUUGAGCAUUAUGUUUCUACUCAAAGCUGGCAAGAAAUCAAGCCUGAUGAUACGGAAGAAAGCCUAGGUCAAAAACGCAAGCGACCUAGCGGUGGCUUCGAAGAGCAUGGGGAUGACAGGAGCAAAUUAACCAAGACUAGUGAGGGACAAAACAAUAAAGUCAGGUCCUCUAAACACCAGGCUUCCGCACAGAGAUCUUACCGACCCUUUGCUCCGGGCUACAAGUCCUAUCCAACUCUUCAAGACAUAACCAGACAUAUCCUCGACAUCAAAGUGACGGGCUCUGUGCUGCCUCAAAACGCCAUCGCACAACUCCUCCAGGUAAUGGUUUACGAUGAUCGCCUCUUCAAACUCCACCGUCCUCCUCAUGGUAAUGAGCUUCCCGACGACCAUAUCAACAACACCGUUACCAUGUACCGCUGCUUUAAAACCCCGCAGGACAUCACCGAACAACAUCAACUUGUUAAGCGCAAGGUGAGCCACCACGACGAUGUCAGAAAAGCCGCGUAUCGGCAGGAGGAGUUGGAGAGGUUGGGAGAGGGAGGCUCCAGUGAAGUACCUUGUCUGAGGUGUCCUUCGUUUGACAUUUGUGGUGAUGGGGGCCCCGUGAAUGUGGUCACUUGCAAAUAUUUUGACGAGUGGUAUGAGAGGCUUGAAGAGGCGGACGAGUGGACGGCGGAGAAAGAAAAGGGGAAAGAGAAGACCAAGGAGCGAGACAAGGACAAGGGCAAAGACAAGGAGCAUGUCACGGUCAACGGCGACCGAGGGCCUCGUGUCGACAUCGAGCUGGAGCUGGAGCCUUCAUAGGACAAAGCUCCAUUCUGGCGUCUAGGCCCUGAAUUCCGCCCUCUGCUCCUACGCGAGCAACAAAGAGGAGCCGGGAGUGUUGCGAUGGCCGCUGAAUCCUUGCUGCUCCCACAGAGUCACACACGAUUCUAAUCUGUCUGCAGCCCAUCGAGGCGGCCAUCGGAUGGGGCAACAGAAAAGGAAUAGCAGCGUAUCAAUCUUCUUCCAAGAGAGCGUUUCCUAAUAAUAAACUGAAUACGAAGCUAUCUCAUGACUGCAGGGCUCCGUGCCGAUAGGUUGAAAAUACUGCAGACGCAGCACUCAGUCUUGUUAUGCUACCCCAGCUACCCGCAGACUAAAAGUA